CCGUCAGUACCAAAGGGUAGGUUUUGACGGUUGUCUUGACACGCCGACGGCGCAGACCGACCGCCGCCGAACGCCUCCGCCGCCGACCAAAGCCGAACUUGGUCGACGUCAUUCACGCCGCGCCCCCGUUGCCGCGCUUGUGUGUUUGUUAGGGGUGUGUACGCUCGUGUGUACGAUCGGUCGUUCGGGGUGUACGCGCCCGUCGUUCUUUCAACACUCGAUCGCCACCGACCGUAUAACGAUAACGAUAACGGUCACUCUGACGAUUACCAAAACGUGUAUACAGUAAUUUUUAUUAUUAUUAUUAUUAUUAUUAUUACUAUUGCCGGCAUACGUAAUUAUACUUACCGGCUGAUUGUCGCUCUGCAAAACUACGUUAAUUGCAAGUGUGUUAUAUAUCAUUAUCAUCUCACGCAUUCCCUUGCGAUUUUCCAUUAAAUUCGUCUUUACGCGUUACGUAAUCACGGUCGUCUUAUAACCACGUUAAACAAGCCAUUUCGUCAUCUCACCACCAGUACAUCUCGCAUACCACAAGCAUCCGUGACAACGAAAGACUACGACCACAACGAGGUACGAACUUGUGAGCGUGCGGCGGUGGCACCGCCAUUGGCGGUAGUAACCGCCACGUUGUACGAAAGAGUCAUUGCCAUUGCCGCCGCCGCCGCACACGGCAAAAAUGUUCAACUUUGCCAGUAAGAUGAUCAACAGCCUGAUGGCGGCGGGUGAUGAUAUGGUCACGGGCACCGAUUCGCAGCAGCAGCCGCAGAGCGCAGUCCACCGUCAGCAACAGCACCAGCAGCAGCAAUACCAGCAGCAGCAAGACUUUGGUGGCGGACGACCCGGUGGAGGUGCGUCUACCGCGACUAGGCAGUACGGCAUGAACCAGCAGUCGUCGCAGCAACAACGUAGUUUGGCCGGUGGUGGUGGGUAUCCGCAGCAGUCACUGCAGCAACAGCAACUUCCGAGACAACCGUCGCAGCAGCAGCAGCAGCCACAGAGUAGACUACAGCAACAGUCACAAUCACAGCCUUCCUUUUACCGACAACAGCCACCGACGCCUUUGUACACCAGUGGCAAUACCGGCGGUGGAAGGUCCUUGUCCCAGUCAUUGCCACAUCAGCAGCAGCAGCAGCAGCAGCAACAACAACCGCAGCAGCACCAACAACAGCUACAACAGCGGCAAAGGCAACAGCAACAGCAGCAACGUUCCGGUAAUGUCGGCAUGGGCAUGCCGGCACCAUCAGCAAAUCUAAUGGAAUCCACAACGGCUGAUCCAGAUCCAUUAAGCCUAGAUUUGAGCCACUUGAGUGCUGAGGAGCGUGCACUGAUUCAGAACGUCAUGGCCAAGGCGAAGAAUAUGGACGCUACCGAACCUGCACCGGUAGUGCCGUCGAAUUUGACGAUGAACAGAACGCCUUCGAUAACGUCAUCGUCUCGAAGCGAAAUCGCCAGUAACGCGAGUUAUGCGUCGUCUGGUAGUCAAGACUCCGGAGCCGCGUAUUAUAACGCUACCGACAGCAAAAGUGGUGUGCAACAACAGAAUCCGUCGUACCAAGACCGCAACAUCUAUCAGCAACAGCACAGAGAUGCCAGCAACGGGUCGUCGUACUUACAGCAGCAGCAAAACACCAUCACUUCGGCGUACCAGCAACCCGCUAGUGGCUCGUAUCAGCAGCACAGCGGUUACAAUUCGGCGGCUGCGGCGGCAGCUAGACGGCACAUCCAGCAACGCGGUUUCGAUGACUACCAUCAGUUGUCACCCGAGGAACAGCUGUCGCCUGUGUCACCGGAAAACGAAGUGUCUAUGCCAUAUGAAGGCAGCGUCGGCGGAAACUCACAGCAAUACCUCCACCAGCAACAGCUGUUACAGCAACAGCAACAGUUACUGCAACAGCAGCAGCAGCAGCAGCAACAGCAGCAGCAACAGCCGGGAGAGCGUUCUGGGUCGGAUUCCAGUGAUGACGUGAGCUUGGCCGAGUGUCUGGCUGGCGGAGGCGUUGAACUGAUGAACUUGCGCCCGAUGCCCAUGUUGGACGAGAACGGUCAAGUGUUAUUAGACGAUGUCGAUACCUCCAGGAUGCAGCAACAUCAACAGCAACAGCAGCAACAGCAACAACAGCAGCAGCAGCAGCAGCAACAACGGCGCGAGGAGCAGUAUUGCAGCGAACAACAAGUGUACUAUGGAGGCAACGCGACUACCGCCAACGCCUCGGAUGUGUAUACCAUACCCGAGGACGAGGACGAGCUGAGUAGUCCGACGGGUGCAGACGGCGUGACGAGUCUCCGAAAGCGGCAGAUGGCUAAUACGUUGACCGCUAUCUCAGGAUUGAACAGUAGUAGUUCGGCGGCGAUUAACUUACAUCAUCAAAUUGUUGAUAACGAGAGGUUUAUGAUGAAAUACGCUGCAGCAAAUCCGGGUAGUUCGGACUCGUAUCAAAGAUCGAAGUUGUUAAACGAUGAAUCUUCGGCAACGUCUGUUUUUUCCGAGCAAACUCGAUCGAAAAAACUCAAUCAGUCGUCUACAAUACAAUCUGGUGUCUUACAAAGCAACAAAUUCCGGGCUGGCGGUGGAGAAACCGUCGUCCAACCAGUAGUUGUGUCCUAUGCCCAAAACUCUCCGUCGUACUACAACGGCAGUAACAGCAGUAGCAGUAGCAGCAGUAAUAGUAGCAGAUUCGCGUCGAUUGACGGUGACCACAAUAACAUAUCAUCCGCGUACGAUACUACGGCGGAAAAUUGCGUGUUUCAAGACGACUUGAAAAAAACGCCCGAAUACGAUCGAAUAUGCAAAUUGUUGAAUCAGCCGAUUCAUGCGGUCGUAGCGAGUGGUCAUCGAGAUCCGAAGACCGGCAAGGCUGAGCAACAGAGGCUACACCAGCAGACCAACCGGCACCAAAACCAACAGCACCAACAGCACCUGCAGCGACAAUUUAAGCAAAUGCAGCACAAAAACCAGCAAAUCCAAAACCAACAGCAACAUCAUCAACAACAGUACAACAGCAUGUCGGGCCGCGCGCUGUCGUCUUCUCAGCAAAAUCGGCAGGCGGCGGCAAAUAGCAGCAACCAUGCGUUCGGAAACAUUCAAACCGCUAACCGUAGUCGGACGAAUUUUCGCUACGACGACGAGGACGACGAGGACGAAUUGUUGGAGCAGCAGCAACAGCAGCAGACGCAGCGACACAAUUAUGCAAUGCAAUCAGCGGCGGCGACGACGUCGGGAGUGCCGUCUGACAACGAUAGCACCGGCACGAUAAGCGGGAUGUUGGCUGACUUUAGCCGAUCAAUUGCCAGCAUGAACGGCAGCGGACCGACGACGACGAAUCAGUUGUUUAACGGUAACGAAAAAUUUGGCGAAAACAACAACAAAUAUGAUUCUUUGCUGGCGGACGAAAACGUCCAAAAACAACAGUAUCAAAAGCAGACGCAGCAGCAGCAGCAGCAGUCGAAUCAGUAUCAGCAGCACGGGUUUUCGACGCCUUCCGGCGGGACGACGCAAUUGCGGCGCACUCAAUCGAUCAUCAGUCAAAACUUACGCGACCAACAGUACCAGUUGUACUGUACCGGUACGUCGCCACCUCUCCAACAGCAACAGCCGGUACAACAGCAGCAGUACAACGAUACGACCGCCGUCGCUCAACUGCAGCAGCAGACCACUAAUAACGCUUACGGGUCACCGGCCAACAGCGGUUUGUCGUACGGAACCGGACCGACGAGCGUCGUCACGAGACAACAGGCACAGCAGCAACAAAUCAUCGGUUCCGCUUCGCAACUGCGACAACAACAGUACUCGGCGGCAGCCGCUGGUGGCUUAACCGCUGCCAAUAGUUUGCAGUCUGAAACGAAUUAUUCGUCGCCGCCGCUGCCGCCGUCGCAGAGUGUCGCCGGAAACACGACCGGGCUACAACAACAACAACAACAACAACAACAAUUGUACUACAACAAACGAGUGGACGGUGGCGGCGGUGCUCUGUUCAACUGCCAACAACAGACAUAUCAACCGCAGCAAGAAGUCUUGUAUCAGCCUUAUCAACCGGAAUACGGCACAUAUCAGCAGCAACAGCAACAGCAACAGCAGAAGCAACAGAAUCAGCAGCAGCAACCGCAACAAAUCUCGUACAAUCAACCGCAACAACAGCAACAGACACACCAACAGCAAGCGUACAAUCAGCCACAACAGUCACAGCAAAACCUGCAGUAUCAACAGCAACAGAAUCAGCAAUACCAGACGAUGCAACAAUAUCAAAGGUUUCCGAAUCAAGAUCAACAGCAGUUGCCGACGACCGUUGAAGAAAAUCAACAUCAAUAUGUCAAUGAGCAACAACAACAACAGAGAGUGGACAACAACUCUGUGCAGAAUCCAUCCGCUUUGACGCUUGGCGGGGUGUCGAUUACUUCGGGUGAUUUAAAAUACGAUACGACGAUGGCGGAACUUAGUUCCACUGGGUUUAGACCGUUGCAACUGCAACAGGGCCAACGUUGUGACAAUCCAACAAAUAUUGCAUUGCAGCAGCAACAACACUAUAUCAAUGGAAAUAAUUACCAGCAACAGCAGCAACCUCAACAGCAACAACAAACACAAAACCAGCAACAGCAACAGCAACAACAACAGCAGCAGCAGCUGAACAAUAUUUCAGUCCCAGCCAGUGGUACUGGUACGGGCAGAGCAACGGUACCACUCAAUUCUUCUUCAGCUACUGUGGACCAGCAGCAGACCGGUGCUAAAGCUAUGACUGGAUUGACGGGGCUUAAAUAUCAACCGACCACACAGCAACAAACCCUGUCACAGACAUCGACUUUGCACCCGACACCGCCACAACAAAAUACGCCAGUCGGCACGCCUAGGGGUGCCCAGCUGAUUUGUGGUGGUGGACUUGGACUCAGAGAUUUAACUGCUUCGCCAUCGGAUACGCUCAGCGAACCGGAUUCUAUGCGUUCUUCUUCGUUACGGGGUAGCAACGGACGAGACAGCCGACGACGACUGCCCGAUUUACCUCCACCUGACUUAGAGAUAGCUGGCAUACAAUGGCCAGCGGCUGCAAACGCUAAGCGCCGCGAGCGUAUGAUGCGAGCCAUGAUGGAUAAGUUUAAGCCAUUUUCUUCUUCACGCAACGUAGCGAACGUGGAUGCUUUGAACAAUGCCUAUGGUUACGGUAGCAGCGGCAAUAAAUUUGCAAUUAAUCGACCUGGCAGUAUGAGUGAAACCAAUUUACUGAAGUAUCGUCCUCAUAAAGAUGGUGGUCCGACAUCUACGGUCAGACCAGAAUCAGCAUUGGGUCUUUUGCAAGGUGCGUUCACUGGUAGCAGCAACGGAGAGCAGACGCCGUCGAUGGCCAGGCAAUACGGCGGUCUGACGCGGAAAUACGGGUCGGACGGCGGCGACGAACUGGCCGCCUGUCUGCCACCAGACCUGCGGCAUCUGUUGUCGGCCACUACGACGACCACGCCGCAAUCGCAUCACCGGCAGACGACGGCGCAGGCGGCUCAGCAGCAUGGACCUCCAGAGACACCGCCGCGACUGGCCGCGGCCAAUUCACAGAACAACUCGGCCGCGAUGAGCUUGUACGGCGCAGGCGGAGUCAGGAAACCGUGGUCAUCGACGUCAACGUGGUCUUAUCACGACGACACCGGCAUUGGUUAUUCGUCAGCCAUAGACCGUCGCGUCGGCAGCACCGGGAGGCAGACAGCCGCUCUGUUUGGUGGAGGCGGCGGCGUCAUGGGUCUCGGAGGCUUGGACACAAGCCACUACCGCAGCAGUGGCGGGGGUAGGACGAUGAGUGCCGCGAGAUCAUUGGGUGGCGUCUAUGACGGAAACAGUCUGCUAUACCGCUGUUCGACCAGUAACGUUCCUGACCACCUGGAAAGAAGAUGGUACCAGAACCAGCAUCAACGACAAACUGGCAGCAGUGGCGCACGACUUAUCAGAGGAUUGGGCGGUUCCAAACACUUGUCGGACGUGUACGACGACGACGACUUGCUGCGAUUACAGCAGCAUGACGACGCCACGGUUGCCGCAUUAUUGCUGGACGAUGUCGGGUUGGGCGGAGGUUACAGCGGCAGAAAUUCUGACUUCAUGCCAUCUAGACCGAGGUCCAGAUCAUACGGUGGUGGCGAAGAUCCGUCGUCUUCGACGUCUUGGCGACACUGGCCCGACAGCAGUGGUGGAUCUGGUUAUCUGGGCGGCGCUUUGCGCGAGACCGCCAUCGGUUCAUCGGCAGCGAUUUACGAUCACAAUGGCCACCGCCGCACGACGAACAGUGUGAUAAAUUCCGCUACAGCCGAUCAAAAAAGAUGGGACGUUCGGCGGCACAACCGCCGGCAGCGGCGGUACAGCGAUGGCGGCGGCGAUUCGGACUCACGACGGUCGUACGACUACCACCAACACCUGCAGACAGCGGCAAUGAUGAAGUACGGCACAGCCGGCCGACGGUCCCGUUCGUGGGACCCGUCGCCGUCGCCAACACCAACCGCCUACCUAAGCGGUGGCGACGAUGGCGGUGGUUACGGUGGCUAUGGAGGCUACUGCGACUACAUGGACGACUACGGCGGUGGAGGUGACUACGAAUCGCUGGCGGCGUUGGCCGCCGAGGAGGAACACGAUGAAGAGCUGCAACGCGAGGAGAAAAAGGCCAGGAUCAAGGCAGAGAUCGCCCGGCGUCGGCGGCAGAUCGAGGACAACGUCCGACUACAUGAGGAGCUUUUACGCCUGGCCCGGAUCCGAGAGAACGCCGAACACGAGUAUUCGUCUUCCAUGCUGCCAUCGCUGUCCGCUGCAGGUGGCUGCUACGCGGGACGGCGUCCGAUGACCGAGGACGAGUGCCAAGUGUUUGCGCGCGCGGCCGAAAAGAUAGCCGAGGAACGGUCAAUGGAGCGGAUCGCAUCCACGUUCCGGACCGCCGCUGCGGUGGCCGCCGAGGAUUACGUCCGCCGCGGUGGCGCCUACGGCGAGUACGGAACUGCGGCUGGCUGCGGGGUUGGCGAUUACACGCCCCCGCACGCCAUGCCGCUGUUGCCGGACAUGCCGACCAGGAGCCGGAGGCUGCUGGAGAACCUGGGAAGUUCGCCGAUCACAGAUUCCGUGUUAUUGGACGGCGAACAGAAAGCCAUGCAGAAAAAAGUCAACUUUCUCAACGUCCUAUAAUAUAAGAUCGAAAAAAAAACCACACGCCGUCGUUUAUAAUAUAAUCAAUUAAUUAAUGUGUUACGUGUUCCGUAUACCUAUUAUACUUACUUACUAACAUUUACCUAGAGGUACUCAGCCGCCGUUAUAUUAUAAACGUUACGGGCAAUUUUGUCCUGCUAAUCCAACUAUUUGAAUCGUAAGUGCAAGGUACGAGUAAUUUUUUUUGUGCAAUAUUUUCUCAAACUUAUCGUUUUUAAUAUAAAUAGAAAAACA